AUGGACGACAAGGGGAACCUCUCCGCCGAAAUUCAGCAGGUGAUUCAGAAGUACACCAAAGAUGACCCUACGAGUUGGCUGCAGGUAGAAGAUGCUCUGGAAAAGCGACUUCAGACAGUGAACAAUCUCUGCAUUGUGGUAGCGAUUGAGAUGGGCUUGCUCCAGAUUUUGACUGCCAACCAAGGCAAGAGUCUGACUGCUGAGGAGUUGUCUAAGGCAUCGGGGUACAAUGCCGGCCUCAUUGCUCGAGUGAUGCGUAUGAUAACUGGCAUCGGCUUUGCAAACGAGACUGCAUACCAGACGUACUCUGCAAAUGGUUGUACGGUGGCUCAAAACACCCCAGGCAACAUUGGCGGCCUGAUUAUUUCCAAUGACAUUGUAUUCCCCGUUGCCAGCCAAAUCCGGGAAUAUCUUCGACAAAACAAACCUGUUGAUAUCAGUAAAACGCCCCCAGCAUACGAAUUCGCCAUGGGAGAGACCAUAUGGCAAACCCUCGCGAAAAAUAGCGAAUGGAAAACUGGCUUUGACGACAAUAUGACCGCUCGGAACAAAACACUCUCUGUCCCAUGGCAUGUGAGAUAUCCUGUUCUGGAGAAGUUGACAGCAUGGUCGCCGUCCACAAAGCCGGUUAUUGUUGAUGUCGGUGGUAAUCAGGGGGUGGACCUACAGCGCUUUGCGGAUGCAUUCCCUGACCUAGAAUGUGAACUGAUCUUGCAGGACCUACCGGAGACAAUCGCCGGGAUUCCGGGAGAGCUUGACUCUAGAAUCCAGCCAAUUGCGCAUGAUUUCUUUACAGAGCAGACGACAAAGGGGGCUCAUAUAUACUACCUCAAAUCUAUCCUACACGACUGGGACGAUGUCGCCUCCCGCAAGAUCCUUUCCAGUAUUGCAAAGGUCAUGCAGCCUCAUUCUCGUCUCCUCAUUAAUGAAAUGAUCCUUGCUGAUCUGAAUGAAUCAAUGAUAAGGAGUAAUAUGGAUAUGCUUAUGCUGUUCUUCACCAACGGGAUGGAGCGCACUCAGACACAAUGGAACGAGCUGCUGGCCACGGUAGAACCACCUCUCCAGAUCGUCCAGGUUUAUUCAGCCCAGGGAGAUCAACAAUGUGUCAUUGAAACUUGUCUGGCGGAGUAG